AUGGCAGAACGAGCAUGCAGUGUAAAUAUAACUAUAGGGGUCCUGGUUGAGCGGUCGGCUGUUUUGGAUUUUCCGUUCUCUAUUAACAGGACGAAGGGUUUAAUUGACAUCGCAAUUAACAAAACACGUUAUAUGUUGAAAGAUGCUGCUCAUUUGGAGUACGUGAUAAUGCCGUGCGAUGUUCCGACAUGUGUAGCGACAAAAUGGGGUGCGCUUUUUUCAGAGAUGUACCACAAGUAUAGGCCACAUGCAGUGAUAGGACCAGGUUGCACUCCUUCAGUACAGACAGUGUCACGAAUGGCGGCGUCGUGGAAUAUCCCUCACAUCACUUACGUCGGCACCGACGAAUCCUUAGGCGACAAGCACGAGUUUUCCACGUUAUCCCGACUGUCCUUUACCAUGAACGUAUUUGCCAUGUUCUAUAUCGAGGUUUUCAACGCCUUUGAGUGGACUUACAUUGCUAAUAUAUACGAUUCAAACACGUACCUACCUAACCUUGUUGGUACCAGCCUCCAGCGCAGUUUUGCCGAAGAAGCUCCUCAUAUCAAAUCCCAUCCAGUGCCGUUUAAUGGUCAUUCGGAGGAUCUGGCAGGAGAACUGUCAAGGGCGAUAAACCGAGCUGCUACAAAAGCAAGAGUCUUUAUAGUAUCUUGUCACGGUGAUGUUUUCCGACGAAUGGUUCUACACGCUCGGAACUCUGUCCUGGCAGACGGGGAAUACGUAUUCAUAUUUUAUUUCCAACUCCACGGUGAUCCGCCAGUUGGAAAGUACACAUGGAGUAGAGGCGACAGCUUAGAUACGGAAGCCCGUUUGGCUUAUCAGUCUGUAAUGGUAAUUCGACCUCGUCGACCUACCACGCAAGAAUUCUUUGAAUUCGAACAGGACGUGAAGGAUAGAGCACUAACAGAGUAUAACUACACGUGGAGAGAGGGUCAUGAGGUGAGCAUUUAUAAUAUUGGCCACUAUGACUCAUUUAUUCUGUAUGCGCAUGCGCUGAACGAGACAUUGUCUGCCGGAGAAAAUCCACGAGAUGGCGCCAAAGUCGUCAAAAGGAUGUGGAACAGAACAUUUCCAGGUAUUGGUGGUCCAGUUUUUGUGAAUGAAAAUGGCGACAGGGAUACAGACUUUACCUUGCUUGAUCUUGAUCCCGACACAGGAGAGUUUCAGGUAGUCGCCCAGUAUCUUGGGUGGACGAGGAAGUUUGAGUUUAUCCCGAGUGUCUCUAUACACUGGCCACAAUCUGGAACCGCACCUCCAAACAUUCCAGCGUGUGGUUUUACUGGAGAACUGUGCGUCACAUUUCGCCUACCACAGUCGGCAAUCGUCGCAAUAUGUCUGAGUUCUGUUAUUGUACUUGUCAUCAUUGGUGGUAUCUUCAUAUACAGGCGCCUGAAAGCUGAGGCUGAAAUUCAUAGUAACUGGUGGCGUAUCACCUUGGAAGACAUUGCCAUGCAGACAAAUUCAUCUUUCUUCUCAAGUCGGAGUAAGGGAACUCAAGUUCAUAUAAGAAAGCCGAACAUCAGGUCUAUAUCUGUAGACAGGAAAUUACUUCUAGAGCUGAAACAGAUGCACCAAAUAACAAGCCCAAACCUUACCCGUCUGAUUGGAAUAUGUCCUGAAGUAGACAAUGUUUGCAUCCUUACUGAACAUUGUUCCAGAGGUAGUCUACAGGAUAUUCUUCACAACGAGUCAUUUCAACUGGACUGGGAUUUUCGGAUUUCCCUGAUCAAUGAUAUUGUAGAGGGUAUGCAUUAUCUUCACACAAGCCCAAUACAAACCCAUGGAAGACUGACGAGCUCCAAGUGUGUUAUUGAUAGUAGAUUUGUCCUUAAAAUCACAGGUUUUGGUUUAGAAAGCAUAAACAAUACAAUCAGUAAAAGAAGUGUUGAACAAAAUGCGUAUACUUCUUCCCUGCCUGAGUUGGUCUGGAUGGCGCCUGAGCAUCUACGUGUAUAUCCACAAAGGAGAUCUUCGCAACAUGGUGACGUCUAUAGUUUUGCUAUAAUUUUGUAUGAAAUGUGCACAAGAAAUGAGCCAUACGUCAAUGAAAAUUGGUAUCUGUCGUUAGACGACACCCUUGAAAAAAUAAAACGCGGAGGAACUCGUAUAAUCAGGCCAACAUUAAAUGAGACUGAUUCACUUCCGGAUGUUGUGAGAUUGACCAAAUGCUGUUGGCUAGAAAUGCCCGAAGACAGACCUUCAUUCUCAAAUAUUAAAAGAGUUAUCAAAACUGUGAAAAUGAAAAGAAAUAUGAACCCGGCGGAAAAUGUUCUAGACGUGUUGUUAAAUCGAAUGGAGCAGUAUGCCAACAAUCUGGAGGGUUUGGUUGAAGACAGAACUCAAGCGUUCCUCGAUGAGAAGAAAAAGUCCGAAGAACUAUUGUACCAAGUAUUGCCUAAGAGUGUUGCUGAUCAGUUGCGUAUAGGAAAUGCUGUUAGCCCCGAGUCAUACAGCUCUGUUACAAUAUAUUUCUCAGAUAUCGUUGGGUUUACAGAAAUAUCAGCUAAAAGUUCACCGUUUCAGAUAGUGGAUUUUUUGAACGAUCUGUACACAUGUUUUGACUCAAUCAUUGAAAAUUACAAUGUGUAUAAGGUUGAAACGAUCGGUGAUGCUUACAUGGUAGUGUCGGGACUUCCGGAAAGGAACGGAAACGAGCAUGUACGGCAAAUAUCUCGGAUGGCGUUAGAAGUACUACACAACGUGCGCCAGUUUACGAUACGGCACCAACCUGAAACACCUGUGAAAGCUCGUAUUGGGAUACACUCAGGACCUGUGUGCGCCGGCGUUGUGGGAAGGAAAAUGCCACGUUAUUGCCUUUUUGGCGACACUGUAAAUAUUGCGAGUCGGAUGGAAUCUAAUGGAGAAGCUAUGAAAAUACAUAUCAGUGAACAGUCGAAACAGUUGUUAGAACUGGACAAGAAUUUUAUCACUGAAGAGAGAGGCGUCAUUGAUAUAAAGGGGAAAGGAUUGACAAAAACAUUUUGGCUGAUAGAUGAAAUAUCGAACAAUUUGGAAAUAAUAAUGUUAUGAAAAGGAAAAACUAUGUUGUAUGAUACGAAACACUGUAUGGGAUAUUUCGUUAAGAUUUGUACCGUCACAGUUCGACCGUCACAUGACACAAUUGUGUUAAAAAACCGGAGUGACUUCUGUUGGUGAAAUAGAGUAAAACAAGUUUUUUUAUGUUUUCGGUAAAAUUUCACUGUGACUUUAAAUAAUAUUUUUUUUCUGUAAACUGUGCCAAGACAAUAACUGCCGGACUUCAGUUAGACAAAGUUGUGCAAGUUUUGA